CAUGUACAGGCAGCGCGGGAAGUGAAUACUGCUGAUACUUUUCCUUGUUUUAAAGACACAGCCUGCGCCCGUCCCCCGACGGCUUUGUCGCUUCGUUAUAAAAAUCAAUAGCAUUAGUAAGUUCGUACAAACGAAUUAUACGAUUCUCUUUGUGUGCGUCGCCAGGCUCUCGGUGUGCGGGAAACAAAAAAAAAACCACGAGCGAAAUUCUUGUAAUAAAAAUCAAUCGGAGCGGAGAGAGAAGGCGCCGCGCGGGGCGCCGACUGGUCGGGCGUCCGGACCACCCCCUACCGCCUCCCUGCAUACCUACACGCGCUAUAAUGCACCUACCCUCCCCGCCGACUUGGCGCACAUUUUUGUACAUGCUGUACAGUUCGGUGAUAGGGAAGCUUUUCAUUUCAAGACGGAAACUAUUAAAAGUAGUUUUUAAAGUUUAGCCUGCCUCCUGCAUAGUGGUCUAACUGAGUCUGUCUGAGCGUGUGGGCCACGUCGCCGUCGCUCGCAGCGGUGGCGGCGAGAGAGGGAGCAGCGCUACAGCGCGGUGCGCGGCCGGUUCCCGGCAAAAAGGCGUUUGUUUUUAUUUCUUUGGCGCGGAAAAAAAUCAGCACGCGCCCGCCCUGCACCUCCUAAACAUGCGCCACGCAGCGACGCAGACUCGGCCGGGUGUGUGCCGAAUUCACUUUCAUUUGCGACAUCUCAUCGUUUCCCGAAGGUCACCGUGCAGUCGCGGGUGCCGUGACGAGUCCGCGGUGCAUGUGUGGCGCGGGCGAGUGCUUGCGGCGGCCACCGCUGACCGACUAGGAAAUGCCCGGCCACGGACUGUCUCAAGUGAAAUGCGAGCCACUCUCGGACGAGGAAGACAGCGACUCACAAUUCGCGCACAGUUAUCUAUCCAGUCAGGCCAGUGGUUUAGAGGAGUUGGCCCCCCUGGCACCCGCAGGCCCGGCAGCGACACCUGUGUGCGUGAAACAGGAACGAGCAGAGACCCCACCGACCACUACACUAGAGACGCUCGAGUCAGCACCGCACAAUGCCAAGAGCACGUCUUUGCUGGACCGGCACAUGGACUUUAUGAACGUGCAUGAGGUGCCUGACUCCACGGACUUCAUGCCGCUGCUGGCCAUCAAGGACGAACCCUCGUCUGAAGGAGAACAACAGCAUCUAAGCGGCGAUGACACCAGCGACUCAUGCGGCCGGCAAGCCUCGCCUGCCCCCCGACACAGCCCCAAGAGCUGGACGCAGCAGGACAUGGAUCGGGCCCUGGACGCACUUAGAAACCAUCAGAUGAGUCUUACCAAGGCAUCAGCGACAUACGGCAUCCCAUCGACAACGCUAUGGCAGCGAGCCCACCGGCUGGGCAUAGACACGCCGAAGAAGGAGGGAGCCGCGAAGUCCUGGAGCGAGGCAGACUUGCGGGGCGCACUGCACGCCCUGAGGGCAGGCGCCAUCUCCGCUAAUAAGGCCAGCAAGGCUUAUGGUAUCCCCAGCAGCACCCUGUACAAGAUAGCCCGCCGCGAGGGCAUCCGGCUGUCCGCGCCGUUCAACGCGGCGCCGACGGCGUGGCGGCGCGCCGACCUGCAGCUGGCGCUCGCCUCCAUCCGCUGCGGCGCCUCCUCCGUGCAGCGCGCCGCCUCGCAGUACGGGAUACCCACUGGAACGUUAUACGGUCGGUGUAAGCGAGAAGGCAUCGAGUUGUCUCGCUCCAACCCCACGCCGUGGUCGGAAGAUGCCAUGGGCGAAGCUCUCGAAGCAGUCAGAGUGGGUCAGAUGUCGAUCAACCAGGCAGCCAUCCACUUCAACCUGCCGUACUCCUCACUGUACGGGAGGUUCAAGAGGUGCAAGUAUCAGAUGCAGGGUGUCCCACAAACUCCGCAGCAACAACAGCAAGACCCCCACAAGAUGGAACCCGAGCAGCCGCUGGAGGUUCCCCCGUACUACCAACAGGUGGCGCCGCACCACGAACACGACACACACGCGUACACACACAUGCACGAGUACACGCACACACACGACCAGUACGGACAGUACUACCAAAGUUUCAAUAGUAUUGCCACCAGCUGAGGGCAUACUUCAACGACGGACUUUAAAUAGGUAAUAGUGAACAUAAUGCAGGUCAACCUAUACCAAACUGUCAAUUGAUUUUUAACUUUAUAGUUUUGGAAUAAAGUUGAAAUUGAAUUGAUAGAUUGGUAUAGGUUGAUCUAUUGUCUGUGCUUCAAACUGUAAUGCCCGAUUGCCCGUCACAUUAACGAAAGACAAUGGUGUUCAUUCUUGUCCAUCUUUAUAUUGUGAAUACUUACUUAAGUCUUGUCAACCAGUCCGCCUUUUGUAAAGCGUGAAUGUAAAAUGUAAGCUACUGAAUGAUGUCGGCAUAAUAUUUAAUUCUAAGGUGUCGUUAUCUCGAUUGAAAACUUUAAAAAAUGGUCCUGAGUAUACUGAACAGUCACAAAAUUUGCUAAAGUGCCAUAUUUUUUUAGAUAUUUAGCAGUAAAAUAAUACAAAUAACCAAUCAUGUAAUAUUUUAUUUCUUUGAGUUCAAAUAAUUGCUGUAAGAAAAAAGUUUAACGUCCACACCAGCAAGUUUUAGUACGAGUAGCGACAUCUGUUAGCGUAAGAUAGGAAACUGCUAGAUUAAAAUAGAGAGAAAACUGCCAUUAACAAUUAAUACGUAAUUAGUGAUUAAGUACAUCUAUUUAAAAAUAUACAAUUUUACUUUUUAUGAAAUAAUUUUAACUAAUAAUCGUACGAAUAAUGUUAAUGAUUGACAAUUGCUUUUUUCUCUGCAUAUGAUCUUAAGAAAAUAUUUUUUUAACAACACUGACGCAAACGACGUAAGAUGUUUUUCGUGUAGUAUUUGCUUGAUCAGUUGAUUGGAAAAUCGGAAAGUGCAGAGAUUUAAUUGUUUAGAAAUGAACAAUAGUAUAGGUUUCUUUCCAUCCUUAUACUUAACUACAAACAGAACAAGUGAAAUUAUGACAUAAUUGUAAGAAUAAGAUAAAUAGAUGCAGUAGAUAAUAUUUUUUUGUCUACUUAGUGUAACAAGAAGGUACUUUUUGUAUUCUUCUGAGGUAUUUUAAAAGCUAUACGUAAUACUGUAAGUGAUGAAUUUCAGCAAUAUUAGGGACGUAGUAUUUACAAUGACUAACGUAUGCUAUUUAUUAUGAAGUAUUAGUAAUCGAAUAUCGGGUAGUCACUAGACAUACCUAUGUGUAGUGGAGUCAGUAAAGCAAUCUUAGUUUACUUGCAAUUUCUUGUUACAAAGAAUUAAAUGAUAAGAAUGUAUUAUUCUGUCCAAACGAAAAUACGUAAUGUAAUGUGAUAGACUCUAGAUAUGUAAGUAAUAUUGUUCGUUGCUUUGUUUUAUGUUAUUGUCAAAAAUAUUAAGUUUAUUUUUUCAUUCCUUUAUUGUAAAUCAACAUGUAUCCGCUAGGUGGCGCUUUCUAGUUUUGCUAUUAGUCAAAAGAUGGCGUUGUUUUCAUUGUGAUUUUGUUUGAAAACUGCAGUUUGAUAAAAUGAAUGUUCAAACUAGCAAUAAUUAGUUGUAAAAUGCAUUAACCCCACCUUAUAGUACUUAGACCUAUAUAAACUUGAUAGACUGAAUUCUUGUUUUA